CUCUUGGAAGGGAGGAAAGGAGACGGCGUAGGGUCGUAAUUAUAAUUAUCGUUUCAUGUUGAUUUUAUGAUUAUGAUUUUCACAUAGAACAUUACUAGAUGCUAGUUUCAAAAUUCGUUAUAAUACCAACCUUGACAACGCAUGCACCAUUCUUGGAUUAAGUUGGAAGAUUGGAACUUAAAUAACUGUUCGUAACCUAACUCAAAUUAUAAACGAUGUUGUCAUUUUUAUCAAUAAUAACAGUGUCCCCAAAGUUGAGUUAGGUUUUCAAAAACAGUAUACGAUAUGAUAACUACGAUACAAUAUAUAAACUAUUCCUUUAUUGUUUAAUUAAAUUUAUUAUUAUCGUGCAAUGUAGUGUGUAUAGAAUUAUCAAUAAUGUUUUAAUACUAAUAAAUUAUUUAUUGUCUUGCAUAAAGCACAGACAUGUGGAAAAUAAUGAAUUUAUAACUAAUUUAAAAAUUUAAAUUUUACUGAAGAGACAAAUUUACUUUUAAUUAAAUAAAAAAAAAAGAUAAAAUGGAAACAACAAUCACAGAAUCCAUGGAGGAGAGUCCUGAAAAGAUUCAUACUAGUCUUCCAGUGCAAGUAGUAAGAGUACCAGUAAAACACACAAAUCUUGGAAUAAGAAGUCAUGCCAUGGAUAUGAGUACAAUGGUAGAACUGACUUCCUUCAGCACAUUGGGGAAAAUACAGCCUUUUUUAGUUACAAUAACAACUACUGCAGCUUUGCUGGUAGAUUUACAUUGUCAUUUAACAGACAAAGAAGUUUGUGGCUACCUAGGUGGCCAUUGGGACAUUAAUUCACACAAUUUAUCCAUAACAACUGCCUUUCCAUGCCGGUAUUCUGGCAAAGACAAGUCAGCUGCAGCUGCAGUUGAAGCUGAAAUUGCAAGAGCUAUGGAAUGGAAGCGCGUGACUUUGGUUGGAUGGUAUCAUUCUCAUCCUACAUCACAUGCUUCCCCUUCACUUAGGGAUGUUGAUUCUCAAUUAGAUUAUCAGAUUAAAAUGAAGGGACCUAGUGACAAUGGAUACACACCAUGUGUGGGAUUGAUAUGUUCCCCAUACAACACUGAUGGCAGCUGUUAUGAGUCAAAUUUUAACGUUUUUUGGUCUUUACCGCCGCCGGAAAAUCGGCCUCAUGAAUAUCCAAGGCCAAUGCUAUUAAGUUAUACUUUAUCCCAAGAGCAUUUCCUUUCUCAAGAUACAUUAGAAGAAAUUAGAAGGUGUAUAGAGUAUUAUAGAAGCGAAGGGGGUAUUGAUUUUACUGCCAAUUUUAACAACAGUACAACUUAUCUUGAACGUUUAAGGUGUUCCCUCGCGUCCAAAUUGCCUGGACGUAAUAGAUCGAAUGGGUCUUAUUGGGACGUAAUUAGAGAAAUGAUUUGUCCUGGUUCUGAAGACGGAACGUCCGAUUUUCUUUCUAUGAAAUUUCCAUUAGUACCUGUCUCAGAACCAUUAAUUCCCUCUGUUCCACCAGGAGUCGGUCUGGCACCUAACAAUGCAACAGUCUUCCUUACUCCUGUAAACUUUAAACCUGAUAGUGCCAUAAUAACUCCCACAUCAAAACCCUUUGUGAUGCAGCCAUCUACUUCUAGAGAUAGUAUUAAAAAAGAUAAUAUUAUAGCCACAGAUACUGCAUCCAUCACACAGAUAAAAGAUAGUAACUCUGCACCAUCCAAACAACACAUAUCACCCUCAGAGGUGAUACCUAGCUUUCAAUCCGGAGAACUCACGGUCUCCUUAAAAAAUACAAAAUGCGACUAUGAUUUCCCUCCAGCUGAUUUCUCGAAACUUCCCAAUCCUCUCGGAACAGACACCGCCGUUAAUAAAUCGCGUUCCUCUACGACGCCCGAUUUCCCUUUAGCCGAUAUAACGCAACAGAUCUCGAAAUUUUCCGACUUGUCGAAGUUAGCAAAUUUUUCUACGUCGGAUUUAGCUAAACUUUCGGGAUUUUCGAUCGCGGACUUUACGAGGACAUCGUCGCCUUCGCCAUCCACUUAUAUGCGUAACAUCGCGAAUUUGUUCGGCUCGAUCGGCAAAAUUUCACCCGCGAGAGAUAUCGAAGGGAACGAACGUAAACCAACUGAUUUUGCUAUGGUCGAUCAAAUUCAAUCGCCCUUCAAAGGGACUACCGGGUCUUCGGAGUCUUGUAGAAACUUUUCUGUUGCCCCUGAAGAUUAUUCAACCGAACGAAAGAAAAUAGAAGCUCAAAAUGAUAAUAUAAAAUUAAAUCGAUCGAACGAGUAUCAAGGAACCGAAGAUUUGACAAUCUCUAACGUUAAAUCCGACUUUGGUGGAAUGUUGGAUAUGACGACGUUGCAUAAGAAGCAACAACAAUCGCAACCUGGCGAUAUUAGCGAUUCGCUAAAUUUAUCUAAGGAUCGUUAGUAGACUAUAUUAUUAUAUCGUGUAUUGUACGUUUGAAAUUAACUGUCUGUAUGAACGUAUUUAAUGUGAUUUGUAUGUACACUU